CCUAAAUUGGCCAUGCACCAUAUUCAGUCGAGGUUCACUUUCGGCAACAAAUUAUUCAUUCACUCGGUACGACGUUUCUAGGCGUUGAGAAGGAAGUUUCAAGUCAAGAGAAUUCCAAGCAUUUGCAUUUCAACCGAGCAUUCAAAGAGCACCAGCUUCUUCAUCAGCUGUCAGCAAAUUUCUGUUUCUAAUUGAUCAUAGCUGGUUCUCAGUUGCAUUACACCGAGCCAUCCCGCUUCUCAACUUUCAUUAGAUCAUCUUCUUUGCUCCUGUCUUCCAGCUUCAUCUGACCCUCUGCUCUUAUCAUCCCACCCCCGGCUUCUUUCUAGCUCCCGACGUAUACCUCCAUGCAUUUUUUUACGCUUUUGCCCUUCUUUAUCAUACAAGUUGCAGCCUUGUACCCGUACUCCAAUGGGUUCAACAAGAUGGCUGUUUCUCCGGGAUCCAGUGCCAUGUCCGGUAAGGCCAUCGCCUCAAGCUCUAUCGUCGCCGUGAGCGAAAUCCAGACUGCUCCAUCGGGCUGGCUAGCCUACUUGCAUUCCAGAUCCCGGCAGACCCCCCAGUCGGCUUCCAAAGCUGUAGUGACCAACUCGAGCCUCCCAACAGUUCAGUGGAGCGACGGAAUGCAGUUGAUCUACUCUGACGACUCAGAAAUCACGUUCUAUGUGAAUGUCACGCUCUUUGAGCCUAACUCUAGCGCUACGUUAGACCCGCUCAAGCUCAUUCUUGAUACUGGGUCUGCUUACAUGUGGGUCUACGGUGAAGCUUGCAAGUCCUCUGCCUGCACCACCAAUCCGCUCUACGCCGGCAAAUCCCUCACGGAAUCCACCUUCGAAUUGGCGUACGGUAGCGGGACUGCCAAGGGGAACAUCACCACUAACACCAGUGUCAUUAUCAACAAUGAAAUUCUUUCUAACUUCUCUGUGGGCGUGGCGUCCGAGGUUCCAGCCUUGUUCGACGGCUACCUGAUGAGCGGAGUGUUGGGAUUGCCUGCCAACUCGUCUAACGGGGCCAACCUUCAUAAUGUUGUAACCACUUUACAGACCGCAGGUUCCAUUUCCAACAACUUGUUCACUAUCUCCUUGGGUAUGGGUGUUAGCGGAACAGACUCUUCUGCUGAUUCCGUCGACGGGCUCUUUGUGAUAGGCGAAAUCGUCGACGAAUUGUACUCCGGGGAGAUACACUACGCUCCGGUAGAAGAAAACACGUAUGCCUAUUGGAUGCUCACCAUUGACCAGGUCUACGUGGAGUCCUAUCCCGUCACAUUCAAUGCUUCCGUCACUAAUGGCUCCUCCACCACCUCCCGCAGGGUCAUCGUCGAUUCUGGGACCACCGUGCUUGUGCUUCCAUCGCAGGACGCGAGCACACUCCAUUCCUACUUCCCGAACUCCAUCACUGACGGAACCAACUAUGCCAUUCUCUGCAACACCACGCUCUCCAUUGCGUUUGAAAUCGCCGGUGCGAACUGGACGUUAACCCCUGCGGACUACUUGGGCGCCGCCUACCCCGCCCUGAGCAGUCACUACGGCUAUUGUGUGUCCAACAUCCAAGGUGUAGAUGGCGUUGUCGCAACCAAAUCCUCUGGUGCCGGCUCCACCGACGGAACGAUCUCCCAGGCGUGGCUUCUAGGGUCUGUCUUCUUGAAGAAAGUCUUUGCCGUCUUUGACAUCGAGGGCCAACGCUUGGGCUUGGCGCAGCCAGUAGCCUCCAUUGCUAUCGGGAACUCUGUACUACCGUCUGUCACGGCUGUUAACACUGGCUGGUCCACCGUUCUGGGCACUCCUAUCCCUGUCACCACGGAAUUCCUUACCCAUUUCGUCUCCAGCGUUUCCCAGACGACUGUUUUCCAUAACAGCACCGUCUCAUCGCCAACUGCCAGCUCUACCAGCAGCAGCUUUAUCAGUGCCGGCAUCCUGUGCUCCUGUAACGUGGCCAAGGUCUUUACCAGAGUGUGUUGUAUCUUGGGUCUUGUUGUGGUUGUUUCCUUGGUGUGAGGCCAUACAAACAUCUUUCGCAUAAACCCGGGGUAUCUUAACUGCUCUAACAGUAAAUAUCCUGAUUUUUCUCGUCCCUAGAGUAUCCCGGUAUUUCUCCGCCCAAUCAGGGCUGUCGCCCAAAACUUUUCCUGUACUAUUAUUCUUGAUCGCUUAUAAGUGAUCUGACGCUCCAUCCGACUCUGCUCUACUCUACUUUUCUUUCUGGUAUUUCUGCCGCUCUUCCUCUUCCUUUCAGUUAUUGGAUUUAUUUUUCAUUUUUGGUUUCUCACAUAUUGAUUUGUUCCUUGGUUUUCUAGCAUAUACGCUCCAUACAUCCUUCG